UCUUUAGAUUAUUUAGUCAAGUCUGUGAUUCAAAUAUUAUGCAGCAAGUUUGCAUAAAGGUAUAUUUUCAACAUUUGAAAAAAGAUGUUAAAAGUGUAAGAUGACAAUUUAGUAAAGUCAAUAUUUGGUUUAUUUCUUUAUAGUAAUUUCUAUUUUUAGCCUAUGCAAAACAACAAAUGCAAAGCUGCCAUGAGUUUAUCCCAGAAUAUCUCGAUUGUUCAUCCUGAAUACUUUUUCAUCACUGGGCUUAUAGGUACACCGUACAACACUUAUUACUAUAUAUUCUUAUUUAUUGUAUAUUUUAUUACUAUAAUUGGGAACUCGAUAGUCCUUCUCAUUAUAGCUCUUGAACGGAGCCUGCACAGUCCAAUGUACAUCGGUGUGUUUAACUUGGCCUUGGCUGAUAUUGGUGAAACUAAUGCACUGAUUCCUAACAUGAUGAAGACUUUUUUAUGGGACUCACAGUACAUCUCAUACAAUGCUUGUUUGGCAAACAUGUUUUUUGUGAAUUUCUUUUAUACUGUGCAGACUUACACUCUUGUUAUUCUGGCAUUUGAUCGUUUCAUUGCAAUUUGUUUUCCACUAAGAUAUCAUGCCAUAGUGAAUAAUAAGUUAAUGUCUAUAGUGUUUUCAGUAUUAUGGGCAUUUAACACCUGUAUGGUAACACUGUCGACAUCUUUGAUGACCAGACUUUCAUUCUGUAAUUCCAACGUGGUAGAGAGUUGGUAUUGUGACUAUGGAACAUUGAUGAGGCUGCCAUGCAAUGACAAUAGCAUUAAUAGGUUAUUAGCAAUCCUCAUUCAAGCUUUAUUCAUUAUAGCACCACCUUUCAUUAUAAUCCUGUCAUAUGUGGGCAUUUUUCUUGCUUUAUGUAAAAUUACAACUUGGGAAGGACGUUUAAAAGCACUGAAGACCUGUGUUUCUCACCUUUUGGUAGUUGGAUCAUUCUUUCUUCCCAUAAUAUGCAUUUUGCUGGCUUCAACUACUACUAAUGCCAGGAUCAUCAGCGGAUCUCUUUCAAUUGCUCUUCCACCAAUGCUCAAUCCCAUCAUUUAUGUUUUAAACACAGCUAAAAUCAAAGACUUAAUCCGAAAAAUGCUUAACAACAGAUCUGCACCAAUUAGAGGGAACGUUUCAAAAUGACUGCAAUGAUUUUCUAUGUGUUCUUCAAUCAUUGUGAA